AUGGACUCUCAGCUAUUGUGCUAUAAUUGCCGAAAGCCAGGACACUUCAAGGCGAACUGUCCUCAUCCCAUAGUAAGCAAACAUCAAGAUGACAAUGCUAUCACAAGUCCCUCAAAAGAGACUGGAGAAAGAUAUAAAAGGAGCGACAAGUCUGAGUCAUCAAACUUCAGAAAGGAAGGAAGAAGGAAGGCAAUGGUAGUAAACGAAACUUCUGACACAGUCGCAACCGAAAGUGAUUCCUCAAGCUCCAGCUCAGAAGAUGAAAACACUGAUGAGGAGAAAGGACUGUUGUGCUUAUUCAGUCAAGAGUCAGACGAACUGUGCCUCAUGGCAGAUGAAGACGAGGUAAACUCUCAUUCAUCGUUUUGUUAUUCAGCUGAGUCAAGUUCUGUGGGAAGUCUUACUUCCAAUGAAUCUGUCACUGAAAUGAUGAGGAGGAACAGCUUGAGAAAGAUGUUCUCGCUCUAA